GAAGAACGCCCCCUGUCGCACUGAUCAGAGCCAUAUAAAAUCCGUAGGUCAAGUUCACAGUUUUGCAGAGAAGGUAAAAGAUUGAAGCCUGCAAUGGCGAAAGAGUAUGGAGAAGUUGAGUUGUUUGGUUUGAGGGGAAGCCCUUAUGCUGGCAGGGUCCAGAUAGCGCUGGAACUGAAGGGGGUGAAGUACAGGUACGUUGAAGAAGAUCUUAGAAACAAGAGUGAUCUUCUUCUGAAAUACAACCCUAUUCACAAGAAGGUUCCUGUGCUUGUCCACAACGGAAGACCUUUGGCUGAGUCCCUUGUCAUCCUUGAAUACAUUGAUGAGAUAUGGCAGAACCAUCCCAUCUUGCCGCAGCACCCGUAUGAUAGAUCCUUGGCUCGAUUCUGGUCAAGGUUUAUUGAUGACAAGUGUCUGCCUGCAAUAUCAAAGGCUGCAUUUACUGCAAAGGAGGAGGAACGGGAGAAAGGCACUGAGGAAUCACUUGAUGCUCUUCAGUUUCUGGAGGAUGAACUGAAACACAAGUUCUUUGGUGGUGAGAGUAUUGGCCUAGUGGACAUAGCUGCAGGCUUCAUAGCUUUCUGGCUCCCUGCAAUUGAAGAGGCUGUGGGGUUGAAACUGCUCAGCUCUAAAAACUUUCCAAAGCUUUCCAAAUGGAGUGAAGAAUACACCAACCACCCCGUUGUCAAAGAGAACCUUCCCCAAAGAGAGAGAGUUGUGGGUUUUUUCAAAGCGCGAUAUGCAUCCAUUAUUGCUCCCAAUUAGGUUAUUAUAAGUAUGAUGGAGACUCGUGACUCAUGAUUUACCAGAAACAAAGCAGCUAGCAACACUUUUCUUAUGUUUUUAACUCUUUUCUUUGCGUCCACUUUAACACCCAAAGGUUUUAAAUAAAAAGUUGUUAGCAUUCUACUUUGGGUGGCUUCAUUAAAGAUCUUCUUGCUGAAAUUUCUUGUAAACCAGUAGUGUUUUUCUUCC